CAUCAUUCCAUGCCCUCGGAACAUAACAAAUUGCAGGUCAAUUUGCGGGAAAACCAUGCACGGGAAGAACAAACACACCCGCCUUUAUUUUAACAAAAGCCCAAUAUUUCUCCCGAAAUUACACGUUUACCCACUCUUUAACUCUCAAAAUUCUCUUCAGCUCUAAAGGCCGAAAGACACUACAGACUUCAGAUCUCUGCUUCUCCGUUUCUCCGUUGCAGUUGCAGAACCAAAAACAGAAAAAUGGCGAAUACUAAUUUCGCCUUUAUACAUUUCGUUCUUUACCUUCCUCUUCUCCAUUUUGCAUAUUCUCAGGCCUUUUCAAAUCCUGAUUAUGAAGCUCUAAUGGCGUUCAAAACAGCUUCAGAUACGUCCAACAGGCUUAGUAGCUGGAACCAGACCGCCGAUCCAUGCACCUGGUACGGCGUUUCGUGCCUCCAGAACCGCACUUCUCGUCUCGUUCUCGAAGGACUAGAUCUUCAUGGCAGUUUCGACCCGUUAACCAAACUGAACCAGCUCCGCGUCUUAAGUCUCAAGAGGAACCGCCUCUCUGGCCCUAUCCCCGACCUCUCUAACCUCACUGCGCUCAAACUUCUUUUCCUCUCCUACAACGAGUUCUCUGGAGAUUUCCCAGCCUCCGUACCCUCGCUUUUCCGCCUUUACCGUCUCGAUCUGUCUUACAACAAUCUCUCCGGUCAAAUUCCAGCUACCGUCAACCGUCUUACGCACCUUCUCACUCUCCGGCUCGAAGAGAACCUGUUUUCCGGUGGAAUUUCCAGUUUGGACCUCCCGAAUCUUCAAGACUUCAAUGUUUCUGGAAACCGCCUCACUGGACCCAUACCCAAGUCCUUGUCCGGUUUCCCGGAAGCCGCUUUUGCGCGGAAUCCGGUUCUGUGCGGGUCACCGUUACCGAGCUGUAAGAACAUUGUGAGCGACCCAAGCAAGCCUGGAUCUGAAGGAGCGGUGGCGUCGCCAGUAAGUCCUCUAGACGGAAGUCAGGGAGUAGUUUCAUCGUCGCCUAGCUCGAAACCGGAGGUAAUGGAGUCCAGUACUACGGCAAAUGAUCGCCACAAUGGAACCGGGAGGAUGAGUAUACUCGCCGUGGUAGCCAUUAUACUCGGCGACAUUUUGGUGCUCGUGCUCGUCUCAUUCCUGUUAUACUGCUACUUCUGGAGAAAUUAUGCGGUAAAAAUGCGAGACGGCAAAGGGUCCCAAUUACUAGAGAGCGAAAAAAUCGUAUACUCGUCGAGCCCGUACCCUUCGCAAGGCGGAUUUGAGAGAGGCAAAAUGGUUUUCUUCGAGGGCGUAAAGCGGUUUGAGCUGGAGGAUUUGCUCAGAGCUUCUGCAGAAAUGUUGGGGAAGGGUGGUUUCGGAACGGCGUACAAGGCAAUUCUGAGUGACGGUAACGUGGUCGCCGUUAAACGGCUUAAAGAGAUUCAAGUUGGAGGCAAACGUGAGUUCGAACAGCACAUGGAGAUAUUGGGACGGUUACGGCACCCCAACGUCGUUAGCUUGAAGGCUUAUUACUAUGCUAGAGACGAGAAGUUGCUUGUCUACGAAUACAUGCCGAACGGAAACUUGUACUGGCUCCUCCACGGUAACCGGGGCCCGGGCCGAACCCCACUAGACUGGACAACGAGGUUGAGGAUCGCAGCCGGAGCGGCUCGUGGCAUCGCCUAUAUCCAUCACUUUUGCCGUUCGCCGAGAAUCUCACACGGUAACAUAAAGUCGACUAACAUUCUGCUCGACAAGACCGGGAACGCCCGAGUUACUGACUUUGGUCUGUCCAUCUUCGCCUCUCCAACUGCCUCGGCAAGAUCCAACGGCUACCGUGCUCCCGAGGCAUCAUCCGACAGUCGGAAGUGCUCGCAGAAGGCUGACGUGUAUGCCUUUGGUGUUCUUCUGCUGGAGUUGCUCACUGGCAAAUGUCCGUUGGUUGUGGAUAAUGGCGGGGCGGGAGUUGGUUGUGGCGUGGUCGUUGAUCUACCGAGGUGGGUCCAGUCUGUGGUAAGGGAGGAAUGGACGGCGGAGGUGUUCGAUUUGGAGCUGAUACGGUAUAAAGACAUUGAGGAGGAGAUGGUGGGUUUACUCCAGAUCGCCAUGUCAUGCACUUCUAAUUCCCCGGAUCAACGGCCCAAGAUGAGUCAUGUGGUGAAGAUGAUAGAAGAGAUAAGGGGAGUAGAUUUUUCACCCUCGCAUGAGUCAUUUGACUCGGUGUCCGACUCGCCUUCCGUGUCAGUAUCAGACGACACGGCAACGAGUCAUUAAUUGCUGAUUAGACAUAAAUAAUUAAAUACUGACCGUGUUAGGGAUAAUCAAGUAAUUAUCAUCCCUAAUGACUUGGAAUGUACCUUUUAUUUUGUUGUCUUUUUUUUUCCUUAAUUUUAAUUUAAUUUGUUAACGCGAUUGACGGAAUAUGUUUGUAAAAUACGGCCUCCAUUAGUUGUGUGGGGUUUGUUUGGUUUAUAUUUUAUAGUUGUUUGAGUGAGACUGAUGAGGUACCUGGGGAGUGUUUGGUCUGGCUACUACAUGCAAAUGAAUCUAAUACAUUUUACUUUUAUAGCA